CUUUCUGCUCUCAUCUCGCUUGGGUGAAUCCGCCGCCUGAAAACAGAUUUCGGGGAAAGGUAUCUUGCCCGAUGUCCGCCUGUGAUGAUAGCACCUCUAGUGCAUCCAGCGUCCAUCGACUUCCACUAAUCUACCAACCUGAUACUCAUCUUGGACUUGAAUGGGCGACCUCUAAGUUCCUGUCUCAACCUCUUCUGGUCUUGCCCGAGCAGAACGGCGAGGCCAACAGCAACGAUCAGGCCACUCGGCUGGACGACUACAUUGCAUCGCUCUACACCCACAUCACGAGUAUCAAAAGCCAUCGUAACAUGCUCCUUCCAAUCUCUCGCUUGCCCAAUGAGGUCCUAUCCUCGAUCUUCCUGCUCAUCGCCUCGACGCGCGAAGGGCGCCCAAGGCGUAUCAAAUAUUGGACUAGCCUCAUGCUCGUAUGCCGGCGAUGGCGCAUUGUCGGAAUCUCCAGUCCUAUUCUCUGGUCCCAUAUGAGCAUUAUGCCAUCUGGACAGUCGCGUAUCUCCUUGCCUCCUCCUCAUCAGUCGCGCUACUGUGGAACACAUCCUCUGACAGUAGCCAUUUACUUGACGGACAACUUCCGUUCUGCCUGGCCACGACUCCAAUCUCACGCCGACUAUAUCCGUGACCUGACCCUGCACGGGUCUGGCAAAUGCCUUGACACAUUCUUCGGUCUGUUCGGGGCAAGUCGUCGGGACAGUCUACGAAGCUUGUCGGUCACGCAUGUUGUCUCGUCAACAGAUGACUCAAGCCCGUGCGUUAUCCCACCGGAGGCGUCAAGGAAUGUUGCAUCGAACCUGCAGAAGCUACAUCUUGAAGGCGUCGCUCUGGACUGGAACGUCCUCCACAGUCUGACGAGCCUCGAUGUGAAAUGCCUCCCGCGAAUCGGGUCUACUGCCCCGUGGCCAGUAACUGCAUCCACGCUCUUGGCGGUAAUUCGCCGCUCCCCUUCGCUGCAGCAUCUUGGGCUCGAGACAUACUUCGCUACGGACGGGCUCAAUACGCUUGGGAAGCUGGUAGAUCUUCCUUACCUCCGCUCCCUAGAUCUUCGCGCUCGACCGCUAGUUUGCGCGUUCAUCAUAUCGGCUCUUUGUAUGCCAGCAUACGCGCGGCUCUCUAUCCAUUCAAAUCACAGGAACGAGAGCGAAAGUGAUUACCAGCGCCUUUGCGACGCGCUUCGUGGACAUCUCUUUCGCUCGUCCGCGCUAGUUCUGCGAACGCUGCAGCUCAGGGAGCAGCACCAUUGGGCGUGGUACGUGGACCUUCCAGCAGAAGACGACCGCUCUCUAGCGAUUCCCGGAGAACAUAUCCUUCUUCUGCACCUGCUAAGUCCCUUUGAUAACGACGAGUUGUACGAGCGCACCAUGAGACAGGUGCUGGACGCAGUACCCUCCGGACAGGUCGAAUACCUCCACUCCUGCCAAGGCAACAAGGUACUGAAGGCCGGGGCCCGUCACCUGCUUCUAUCGCUUUUGCCUUCGUUGCGGCUGCUCUCUUUCAACACAACCACCAACGACUCGGGCUGGUUCGACGCAGUACAGGAAUUGGUAGUCCAGGGGGAUGCGCCCAGCGGACAUCUGCGGUGUAUCCACUGGUCCGAUAGGCGCUUUGGAAAACGCGCCACGGACCCGAGGGAAUAUGUCUCCGGCAUUGCCAUGAAGCUCAGGAUGCUUCUGGACACAUACGUUGUGCAUCGACCGCUGCCGGAGAAGUUGAUCCUUCGCGAGCGAUGGCUCGGAAGCGGCGUCAAAGAGAUGGCGGAGCUUGUGCAAUACGCUCUUGACGUGGGCGUACGAGUUGACAUCAACUCUGAUGCUAAGCUCGGCGCCAUUCUCUUCCCCGCCUCGAGGGGAUGAAGAAGUCAUAUGAGUCCUCUCAGUGAACUGGGAGUGAUGCGGAGGAUCAAUUCUCGAUGGUACGAAGAUGCAGCCUGUUGGAUGUGGUGGCAGAAGCACGCUGCAAGGGAGAAGUAUUCGCCAGAGCCUCAAGAGCUGUUCCUGCUAUGAUGACUACAUGAAUAAAUAUAAAUGGGAUUUAUGGAGUUAGACAUACAGAGCAGGCUCGUUGUCU